UCAGUUCUUCUUUUCUAAAGAGACAGAAAAAAAAGAGCUCACUCUCUUCAAAUGCAUACUGCCCACCACCGCACACGCACACCCCAAGAAAUGGAGACUGUGAAGGGAAGCAGGAUCGUUCUUGGCCUGGAAAUCAAUCUGAUUCUCUUUUAUGUCGGUGCUGCACGUGGCUGCAGAGUCUCUGUCUCACAACCACCUUACCUUGAAGUGGAUUACAAUCAAGAGGCUGCAACCAUUCAGUGUUCCUUCACCCACAUGGGGUGCCCUUCACAGCAACCAAAAAGCCUGUGGUUUCGCUAUGGUGUAGACCAACCUGAGAACCUAUGCUUGGAUAGAUGCACCAACAAUGCGGGCAAAUUCACAGUGAAGGAAGCCCUGACAGAAAACCAAGUCACCCUCACUGUAAACAGGGUGAUGUUGAAUGACAGUGCAAUCUAUAUCUGUGGGAUCAUCUUUCCCAAUUCAAAGGAACCCGGAGCGAAGCAGACCGGAGAAGGGACCACAUUGGUUGUAAGAGAAAGGAAGGAACUGCACAGUCUCCUGAUAGCUGUUCUAUCACUGCUCUCCAUCUACAUUACCGGUGCACUCGUGAUCUUCAUAGUCCUCUCCAAAUCAAAAUCUAAUUCUUUAAGAAACAAAGAAACGGAAGAUUCACGAAAGAAGAAGAGUGCUCGACGUAUUUUUCAGGAAAUUGCUCAGGAACUAUAUAGUAAGAGACACAUGGAAACAACAACCUCUGCCAAGAGGACAAAUGUAACAAGUGUCUGAUUUGAGGAUAAAGGCAACACUUAUGAAAACAGAAGAGUACUUCCCAACUACGAAAGACCAUAGACAUGUUUAACUUUUCAAUUAAGUCACUGAAAAUCCAAAUCCAGAAGUCAUGGCAGUGUUAAUGGACAUACAUAUGCCCAUUAGGGCUUUUAAAAAAAACAAAGACGAAAAGACAAUUCUCUACAAAGGAGGAUACCACAGUACAAGGAAACUUUCACUAACAGUAAUUACCAAAAUACUAAAAGCCUUACAAAAUACAACUGAGAAAUACUUUCCUAACUUGCCAGAAGAAUUCUGAGUAGUCUAACAUUUUAAAAAUUUCCAAUCUCAUAACAUAUAUCCUAUUGUUUCAUUUGAUAUACAAGGUACAUAAUGACUGCUAUCCUGAAGAAGUCACACCACAUGCCUUUCUUCUGAGUGGAAGAAUUGUCUUUAUGGUUGUGGAAGUGAUGGGCCAGUGAGACUAAGCUGGGACAGAUGGUAGAAGGAGGAAGGGUAGUACCAAAAUUUGAGUUAAAAAAAGAAAAGAAAAACCGUCUUGCAAAGUAUCUUGGAGCGAAUACUAUUUCUUCUGGUAUUGCCACUGGGCAAUAGUACAGUGCACAUUUUCCUGCCAGGGUAUGCAAAAUAACUUACAUCAUGCUACUUACAAAUAGUGAAAAGAGUAAGAAUAUGACAGCUAAAAUAUGGAAGAUGCAGCGCAGAAGGUUUAACAGAAAACCUCAGAAAAAAUAAGCCCCAGCCAACUCUAGAUGUCAGUGUUGCGCUAAAUAACAGCACCAGGGAAGCGGUGGGCAAGGCACUGUGCUUGACUGUGUUUUUGCAAUACUGAUUUUUAAUUGAUUUAGGAGGGGAGUUAUUAGAUAGGGGGUUGGGUCUAGCAAAGGUGUUUAUGGAAUCAUUACCAUCUCACUGAGAAAACAUGCUAUGGAUUGUUCUUUGAAAGCUACCUCACUGGAAAAAUCUAUUUAAAUUAUCCUUAAGUGUGCAUUCAUUAUUAAAAAUGAAUUACAAUCUA